AUGGCCAUGUCUGGGCUGGAUUACUUGGGGACAACCGUUCUGGUUGUUGCUUGGGUCUUUGCUGCCCUCGCUUCUAUCGUCGUUGGUACCCGAUACUAUGUGCGCUGGAGGAUCAUAGGGAAAUUUACUAUAGAUGACGCCCUCAUCUUCAUUGCCUACGCCCUUGGAAUAGGAAAUUCUGUUUUUUUGACCAUAUCUACUCACUGGGGUUUGGGAACCCACAUGGCAGAGUUAUCACCCCAAGGGAUCAUGAACUCCGUCAAAUGGGUGUAUCUCUGCGAGUUCUUCUCUAUCAUGUCGCCAGGCAUAGGUCGGAUAGCCUAUGCAUCUUUACUUCUGGGUCUUCUUCCUCCCAUCAAAUGGCGCAGUCGCAUGCUCUGGAGUCUGAUAUGGAUCCAGUUCGUCGUCGAUGUCGCGACUGUGAUCAUCAGUUUCUCACAGUGCCGCCCUAUCAGUAAAUUUUGGAACAAUAGCAUACCAGGUAGCUGUUGGUCUCCUAAAGUCCAGCAGAACACGGGCUACUUUCAGGGAGCGGUAUGUUCGGCGGUUGACCUUGCUCUUGCGGCCUUUCCUGCCAGUAUGUUCUGGAAUCUGAACAUGGAGUGGAAGAAGAAAGUAUCUCUUUCAUGUCUUAUGGGACUGGGUGUUUUUGCGAUGAUUGCGUCAAUUAUUAAGACCGUCCAGCUGAGAGCAAUUACCGCAAAGGCCGAUAUUACCUAUGCCAUGGCCCAGCUCGCCAUCUGGUGGACGCUAGAGGCAUACCUGGUCAUCAUCGCAACAUCGAUACCCACUCUCAGGCCGAUAAUGACGCCCAACCGGUCCAGCAACAGACAGCGAGGAAGCUCGAUCAAAAGAUCGACCAUGAUCCACUCCCAUCAAUCCAGUUGCGGUCAUAGCAGACAGUUUGAACGAAUAGAAGACUCCCAGCUGCUGGAGAGUGAUUCACGAAUAAGCACCCCCUAUGCGGGCGAUGCUUAUAUUAUGGAAGAGGGACGCAGCAUGGAUCGCAAUAAUCUGGAAAGAAUGGAGGGGAUCGAGAAGACAACCACCAUCGGCGUCACGUAUGCUGAAGCCACCAAGCCGGAUCCUCGGCUGAGGCUAGGGGCCGAUUUUCGAUGA